UUUAUUGUUUUGAAAUUCAUAGGAGAACUGUCCAAGUGCUAUCUAUCACCAUGGCUGAUAAUGUAUCUAAAGACUUCUCACCAUCAACCAUAUAUUUAUGUUUCUACAAUCUCUUCCUGAGUUUGGGAUGGACCAUUUUGAUGAUCCAGUUCCUAAGCCACAUUAUUUAUGAAGGCAGACCUGGCCUCUGGAACUCUACAUCAGACUGCCUCCUCAUUUUUCAAUCACUUGCAAUUUUAGAGGUUGUCCACUGCAUUGUGGGAAUAGUUCGCUCGAGUGCAGUCUUGACAUUUCUCCAGGUGUCAUCUCGCCUCUUCCUCACAUGGGCUAUACUUUACUGCCUGCCAGAGUCAAGAGACAGUCUUGGUUUUCCCAUCGUUCUUUUUGCGUGGAGCCUGACUGAAAUUGUCAGGUAUCUCUUCUACUUCUUGGGACUUGUUGGAGUAGCUGCUGAUUUUGUGGCUUAUCUGAGGUACACGAUGUUCAUAGCACUCUAUCCCUUGGGUGUUACGGGCGAGAUGCUCUGCUAUUUCACGGCUUUGCCCCUGGUCCAGAAACACCGCUACCUUUCAGUUACUCUUCCCAAUGCCUGCAACUUCUCCUUCGACUCCUACUAUGCAUUCAUCAUUGUUAUUGUAAUGUAUAUACCCGUUUUCCCUCAGCUCUACCUACACAUGUGGGCUCAGCGCAGGAAAGUUUUGGGUGGAAGCACCAAGCAGAAAAUUCAUUAAAACGCUCCUCAACUUUGUUACGUCGUGCCAUCAGCUGCGUCACUGAGGCGAAAAAGCAUGGGUCCAGUUGCCAUAAUCUUCAGUGUGUUAAUCUUAAACAAUUAAUUAUACAUCAACUGGUGAUGAUGUGGGUAUGGGAUGAUAUGUGAUCGAGGCUUGAAAUCAUUUUAUCCCUAAGGAUUUAGUUCAGAGUGCUACUGCCUACAGACAGUUCUGUGUUUAGGUCAAUAUUGCUCUAUAGGAUUGUUUUUGUAUCUAAAAAUGUGUCAGCCAUAAAUUUAAGGUAGAGAAUCACUUCGCUGUACCGUGACCAAUACUUAAGGCUGAAUGAACAUUAGACCCCUGUGUGUGUUGUAGCUUUUCAGAUUGUUAAAUGACUGUUAGGCACCAACUAUUGAUUGAAAAGUUCAAUAAAAGUUUUGUAUCAAAUCGAAUCUUUGAUGUAUAGGCGUAUAUUUUUUGGUAUCAUAGUAAUUUUAAAGUUAUUUAACUGUUAGAACAUCAAAUGUAAGAAUGAUUAAGGAGAAGAUGUCAGUAAUUGUGCUGCUCUGGUUGUUCAUAUAUUUUUCUAAGUGGUCGUGUUUGAGGUAUUGAUUAAGCGGGCUACAGGAAUCUUCUAAAUACCACACAUUAUCUAGGUUAAUCUACAUUGAAAUAAUAUCACAACCAAUUUCUUAAUUAAUCAUUACUUAUUUAGGGUAUUUCUACACGAUACACACAGCUGUUGUUACGAUAUUUUUUUAAUUGUCGGAUUUUAAAGAACUUUAUUAUUACUUUGAAUGGCUUUUUGUUUAUUUCGGAUGUACUUCUUCAUUCUGACACUACCCUGAAAUUUAUUCACUCUAAACUCUUGUUAUUUCAUAAGUGGGAAAGGACGAAUGCCCGGUAAACAAAGGCUUGUCUGUUAUUAGCUGUUACUUCUUGAAAUGCUACCCAAAUAUCUGGCAUUGUUUGACGUAUUAAUAUCACACGUGAUUCUUGUGUUUGAUUUGUGUCUAAUUCUUUGAAUCCACUAAAUAUUGCAUGCAUGCUCGCUAUAUAUUUCUUCGUUUCAAUUUCGUGUAGAGUUAAUAAGAACAUUGCACUUCAAGUGGCGUCAGACAACGCCUAGCUAUGACUCAUACAGCGCUUUACUCUCGUGAUUGCUGGCAGGAUGCGGGCUUGUCGUCUUUGCUUCAUCACAUGACGAUAAUUCACCCUUUUGCGUGUUUACAGCAAUGGGAAUAGUUGUUAAUAGUUGUAUGACAACGUAUCUUUGAGGAUCGAGGGUGCUUGAAAUGUCUUGCUUAUUUGCAUCCAGUCACAAAUAGCGAUGAGCUGUACUUAGUUACUGUGUACUUUAUUGGAUGCUAAAUAAUUUCCUAGUUUUCUUUUAAUUAAAAAUAACAGAACAAUUUCUUCUGUAACCAAUUAUUGAUAAUUGCGUUUGUUCGUGUUUGACAAGAGCCAAGGCUUGCAGAUGACCGUGAGGCUGCUCAGUUACUUUUAUUGUUAUAUUGUUGUUUGUUGUGGUAUCUUUGUGUGCUUUGUUUGAUGUUUUUUGUUAAUUUUCUGCGUUGUUUCUCAUUCAUAAGGUAUUGUGGUGGCAAAAAGUUUGGUAAAAAAGUUUGGUUA